AUGUUUAAUGGGUGCAACAAAAAACAUGGGGUCAAAAAAUUAGGACAAAGCCAACAAAGUAGAAAUCAUGACCAAAAUUCCUUUAAAAUGAAUAACAUUGCACCAAAGGAAGCCGUUGAAGUCAUAAAGAAGUAUCGCGUGGAUGGGAAAAAAAUGUACAUACAAAACAAAGUGACCGAUGAUGCAUCAGGUCUAAAAGAGGUAAAGGAAAAGCUAAUAGAACUGGAAGAGAUUAAUACAACAGCUUCUAUGGGAACACAUCAGAACGGAGGUGCUAAAGAGAAUUAUUGA